UAUUAUUAUUAUUAUUAUUAUUGUUUUGAUUGACUUAGUUGUAUUGAAAUACAUUAAUUUGAAUAUAAUAUAUUAUCUGAGGGAAUAGAGAGGGGGUUUCUAAUGAUUUAAUUUGAACUAUAUAAGUAUGACUUUGCUUUUGGACAAUUGAUUACCCUGCCACCACGUUGAUUCUUAAGGACUUGUCUGUAAAAAGAAAAAACUAAUAAAACUUGUUUUUAAAAAAGAAAAGAAAAUUAAUAUCUAUUUUUAUAAUUUUAAGAAUUUAAAAUAAACAGCAAAAAGCAAACAAGGUUUUGUAUACAGAAAGUUUUUAAAAGAUUAAGGGGUAAGAAAACAUUGGAAUAUUGGAUUUUGAUUAUUAAGACUCUGGAAUUAUUUUAAAAAAUAAAUAUAAAUUUGUGGAAAAGAAAAAAAUAUUUUUGAUAUUGGAGACAAAAGACAAGCAAUUUAUAAUGGCAUUCAGAGAUAUCUUUGAGGAACUGCACCAGAAACUGUAUGGGGACUAUGUUGGAAGAAACACAUUAUGCCAACAGAUGUAAUGAAGUAAUUUGUAAUGAGGAUCAACAAACAUCUGAAUGGAUUAUAGUGAAAUAUUGUUUUGUAAAGAAAAAGGAAAGAAAAUAUUGUUUUGUAAAGAAAAAGGCCUUGGAUUUAUCAUUAAUAAUGCAUUUGGAAUCCUUAGUAUUGCAAGGGGUGAGAAGUUAUUGGAAGAAACACAUUAUGCCAACAGAUGUAAUGAAGUAAUUUGUAAUGAGGAUCAACAAACAUCUGAAUGGAUUAUAGUGAAAUAUUGUUUUGUAAAGAAAAAGGAAAGAAAAUAUUGUUUUGUAAAGAAAAAGGCCUUGGAUUUAUCAUUAAUAAUGCAUUUGGAAUCCUUAGUAUUGCAAGGGGUGAGAAGUUAUUGCUAAAAUGUGUAUACUAAAUCUGUUUUCCUUUUCCUUGGAAUCAAGGAAAAAGCAAGCUUUUAUAAAAGGGCCAGUUUGGUUUAGAGCUUAAGGCACCAGACUAGAAAGUAAAAGAAUGGGGGUUCAAGCCUUACUUUAGCCAUGAAAGCCAGUCUGAUGACAUUCUCUCUUAGCCCUAGGAAAAAGGACAUUUUUGCUUUCUCAGCUGUUAUUGCCUAAUCCGCUCUGCUGCCUCCAAGACAAAUUUGCAUUUCAGGCUCUGUCAGUAAUCCCAUCAUCUGCCUGGCACAAAAAACAUUCCAGCAUUGUAGACUCCAUGCAGGCCAGUGAGAAAAACUUUAAGCUUUUUGGAUUUUUGAAGAGGAAAACAACUGAGGAGAGGAUGGAGCUGACAUGGGCAGGAGUUCUGCUUCUUCUCUGUAUACUUUUCACCCUUUUCUCAUCUUUCCAAAUGUACAAGAAAAAAGGGCAGCUGCCCCCUGGACCUACUCCAUGGCCUAUUCUGGGGAACCUCUUUCAGCAAGAUGUACUACCUCUAAAAAAAUCCUAUAAAAAGCUUACAGAAAAGUAUGGACCUAUAUUUACUAUCUGGAUUGGAUCAAAACCAAUGGUUGCUCUUUGUGGAUAUGAGGUGGUAAAAGAUGCUUUGAUAAAUCAAGCAGAAGAAUUUGGUGGGCGAACUAAUACGCCCUUUCACACACGAGUGUUCCAAAAUAAAGGAAUAUCUACAAAUGAUGAGAAGAAAUGGAGGGAGCUGCGACGGUUCACACUGUCCACCUUGCGAGAUUUUGGGAUGGGGAAGAAAAGAAUGUCUGAGAGGGUGCAGGAGGAAGCUCUUUGUCUGGUGAAGGAAAUGGCUGCCACAAAAGGGCAGCCUUUUGACCCAAGAAGAAAUUUGGCAAGUGCUGUUUCUAAUGUGAUCUGUGCAGUCGUCUUUGGCAAUCGAUUUGAUUACAAAGAUCAAACCUUCAUAGAGAACCAGCAGAUUGUGGAGUAUCAAAUAAGAUUUCUGACUAGUUUCCUAGGACAGGUGUACAAUACUUUUCCAAAAACAAUGGAAUACUUUUUUGGACGACAUAUCGAGUCUGAGACAGAAAAAGUCUAUGAUUAUAUCCGUGAUAAAAUGGAAUUGCACAAGAAGACAUUGGAUCCCCAGAACGCGUGUGACUAUAUUGAUUGCUUCCUUCACAGAAUGGAGAAGGAGCAGAACUCAUCUGAGGGAAUCUACACUCUUGAAGAUCUUGUGAUUACUGUGCUUGCUCUCUUUACUGCUGGGACAAUAACCACAAGCCAAACUUUGCUACGCAGCCUCCUAGCAAUGGCUAAAUUGCCACACAUUCAAGCUAAGGUUCAACAAGAGAUUGAUGAGGUAGUGGGUACAAAUCGCACUCCAAGCAUGGAAGACCGGUUGAAUAUGCCUUUCACAAAUGCUGUGGUCCAUGAGGUUCAACGUUAUGGGCCUGAGAGCCUUGAAAACUUUCCACGGGCAACAACUUGUGAUGUAAAGUUCCAUGGUUACAACAUUCCCAAGUACAUGGCUAUUGUGCCAGUCCUCUCCUCAGUACACCGUGAUCUUCUCCAUUGGGAGACUCCAGAGAAGUUCAACCCAGAUCAUUUUUUGAAUGAAAAGGGCCAAUUCAGGAAAAGAGAUGCUUUCAUGCCAUUCUCAGCAGGGAAGAGGGCCUGUCCAGGAGAGGCUCUGGCUAAGAUGGAGGUCUUCCUGUUCUUCAGCACUUUGCUCCAGAACUUCACCUUCUCUCUGGAUGGGGACACCAAAGACAUGGAUAUAAUGUCUCUGUUUAUGAUAUCCCAAAAUAAGAAUCAAUCCCUCCUUAUACGAGCUGUUAAUCGUUCAGUGGACACUUGUGUUCAAUAAUUAAGACAAGGAAAGGAGUCAAGAUCAUGAUAAGUGACAACUCUCUUUCUUUCUUUCUUUCUUUCUUUCUUUCUUUCUUUCUUUCUUUCUUUCUUUCUUUCUUUUUUUCUUUCUUUUCUUUUCUUUCUUUUUUCUUUCUCCAUCCUUCCUUCCUUCCUUCCUUCCUUCCUUCCCCCCUCCUGUCCCUCCAUUUCCCCCUUCCCACUUUUCUUCCUUCAUGGCACAUGUUCUAUCCUACAAAUUGCUCCUUGUAAGGCUAGGAAUUGGAUUGGCUGACCUAUGAUAGUAAAUACUCAAAUAAAGCAUACCGAAUAGUUAUUACUUUUAAAGGCAAUCUUGAAACUGAUGUGGAAUACAAAUACAAUGAUUGUGGAGAACACUUUUUAUGGGAAAUAAAAAUAAUUACUCUUA